AUAAUAGUUUUAUUUGUUUUUAGUGAGGUUUUUGAGUUGAUAUUAACUGAUGUGCAUCACUAAUAAAGCUAUGUUUAAUACCUUUAUGAUAUAUAUAUAUAAAUAAUUUGUGUGUGUGUGUGUAUAACAGACGACUGAAUUGUAUCUGUAGGUACUUUGUUACUAUAGCAGCCUUUUACAAAACAGUUUGUUCCAACUUCUUUAGUUAAACCCAUGAAUAAUGACUAACUACUAGUAUAUUAUUUUAUUUUCCAACUUAAAAUUCUGUUUACAUGCUACACUGUGUGCGCUUACUUUACAUAUGGGUGAAGUAGCUAAGUUAUGCUUUUUGGGGUCAAUCUUGGGAGCACUGUCUGCCACAGCACAACGUUACCAUCGCAUUAUUAAAUAAUAAUUGUAACAACACGUGAUUCUAUCACAACUGUUUACUUCAAAGAAAAGUCUUUGGCGGUCUGAGCCGCUGGGAUCAGCGGACCAGCUCCCGUGCGCCCUCGGAUCUAGCAUAACCGUAACACCGCUCAGCAGACGGGCAUGCUUACGGCAAACCUCCCCCAUCCCCGCAAACACACUCCUCGGUGUUGUACGUGUGCCGUGUUUCCAUUGGUUAUUGGUAAGCGGAAGUUUAACAACAGACACGCCGGAUAGACGUAACUCACCGAAAUGAAAGUGAAAGUCAGCCGCCCAGAGGCUGUCCUGUGUUUGUGCUCGAUCCUGUCGACAUGAGCGCCUUACAGUUUAACAGCGUUUUGUUGGAGAUCUCUAACGCCAUGUCUGCUGAUCAGCUGAAUGAAAUGAAGUUCCUGGUUCUACAAGAGAUCGGGAAAAGAAAUCUGGAAAAGAUCGGCAGCGGCCGGGAACUCUUUCAGCUUUUCAGGGAAAGAGGCAAACUGUCAGAAGAUAACACGGCCUUUCUUUCAAAGCUUCUCAGAGAAAUUAAGCGACAAGAUCUCUCGGACAAGAUAGACAACUUCAGUAUUCAGCCUGAAGCUGACGAUGGCCUGAGUGAGGAGGAGAAAGAAAAACUGAAUAUUGCCACAGAGGUAAUUGCCGAAAAUCUUGGAAAGAGUUGGCGAAAACUAGGCCGCAAAUUAGGUUUGAGUGAAACCAAGCUGGAGUCCAUCUCUAACAGGCGUCCAACAGAUCUCGAGGAGACGGCAGUGGAGCUGCUCAAGGAGUGGAGGAAGAGUCAAGGAGCUGAAGCCCAAACAAAGAUGCUGAUAGAUGCUUUGAGAGCUUGCCAGUUGAAUAUGACUGCUGAUAAAGUAGAGGAAAGACUCUAGCAACCUAGAAUACACUCUUAAAUUGAAAAUUGUUGCUCAAGGAAAUGGCAAACAAAAAGGUUAAAAGUCAUGAAAGUAAUUUGAGUGAUUGAUUGUAUCUCUGUGUCCUGUUAUCGUUAUUAUUAGUUUGCUGUUUGGGUCUCCUGCUUUGUGAAAGCAAUGUUGCUCUCAGUCUUUCAAGGUGACAAAAUUGCUCGUGAUAUUUGUUAAUAUGGCUCAUAUAUAAAAGUGUUCAACUGUAUUGAGGUACAGGAUCUUCUCAUCAAGCCUUCCAAAAUUAUGAAAGAUAUUUUUUAUGUCACACUAUUCAUCCAAGAUUUUGCUCUUGAUUCAGAAUUUAGACGAAAAGGGAAAUAAUUAGGAAAAGAAGCUGAUUUUGGAAAGUAAAAGGAGAUUUGUGUUGUUGUUCUUUUUAUUCUUUGUCAACAGACAGCUUUGUAUUUCAAUGCCUUUGCUUGUCUAACCCAAAAUAUACCCCGAAUCCAACUCUU